GAUUGGAAUUUAACUGUCUGUAAAACUUGUAGGAAAAUCAGAAUCUGAAGUAGAUUAUGGUAGGAUUCAAAAGGAAGAAUUGCAAGUUUCAUUUAAUGUGCAGUACACUGAAAAGAUAACAGAAAUGUGGGUUCCCUGACACCACAUUUUCACAUUUGCAAGUAUAUUAACUCCUAUCAAAUAGCUCCAAAGCAAAAAAAGAGAAAAAACCAAACAACAACAACAACAAAAAACCUCAACAACAACAACAAAAAACAAAACAGUAAAAAGGAGAAUAGGAGAGAAAAAACAUUUAACAAACAAAAAAAAAGGCAAGGAGUUAUUUGACAAAAUGACUAUUUACCAACUUACAAGAAUAAAUACUUAGUGUUUCUUCAUUCAUUUUGGAUAUACUUUCUGAACACUGUUAAAAGAACAUUGGGCUUCAGAAAACGACCAAAUGGCCUCUGUUGAAAUGAUAUCAGGAAAAAGUAGAGAAAAAUGUACUUAUUUUGCUAGUUUCUUCUCGCUUUGCUUUUCAUGCUUGUACAUCACUUCCAUGUGCCAAAGCUUGCAGUGUUCUCUUGGAAGUGGCCUGUAAGGGUCCUUGGGAGGGCUCCUGGCUCCACGCAGGACCACCCAAGAUUCAAACCCUCACAGCAUUGUCCAAAUGCUUCUUGAACUCCAUUAGGCUCAGCCCUGUUCCACUGCCCAGCCGCCCUGUGGGGAGGAAUCUUUUCCUAAUUCCCAUCCUGACCCUCCCCUGACACAGCUCCACGCUGCUGUCUCGAGUUCUGUCACUGUCACCAGAGCUAAGCACUCUCCUCAGAGCUAAGCACACCCCUCCGCUUCCCUCCUCAUGAGGAGCUUUAGCUGCCAUGAGGUCUUCCCUCAGUCUCCUCUUCUGGGUUGAACAAACCAAGGAAUCUCAGCUGCUCCUGAUUUUUCAGAACCCUUCACUAUCUCAAUAACUGUCCUGUGAAUGCUCUCUAAUAGUAAAGUUUAUGCUGUUUGUGGAAAAGCAAGAUAAUGUUUAGUUCAGCAAAGAGUGGGUUAAAAGGGACAAAGGAAGUUUGAGAUCAGUGUUCUGUGUGAUGUGGCUAUUUGAGCAGUCUUAAGGACCUGAAAGCUAUAUUUUUUGUUGUCAAGCCAUUAACUUCUAACUUCUUAGGGGUAAAUAGCGUAACGACCUUGCUAAGUGCUGGAACCUACUUUCAGACAGUUAUCUAUAACAUCAAAGAGAUGGGAACAGUUCUGUUUGUGGAGAAGGAUGUGGAAAUGCUCUCAUGAGGAACAUAUUCUUUUAUUUUUGAGGUGAGAUUGGAUAAAUCCUCAAAAAAAACCCUGUAAAGACAAAUAAUUGAGUAUAAAACGUAAGCACAGUCUGCAUACUGGAAGACAGAAUCCCUUACUGUGCUACUCGAGUAGGCAUUUACAGCUUGUUACUGAAAUUCAGAGAGGCUAAAAGGGAAGUGUCUUACAUCUAAUUUUUCAGUUAGUUAUAUUUAAGGAAAAUAAGGAUAUUUUCCUGUGUUUGAUGUGAACUCUGGCGUAUAGAAGAUAUUUUUGAACCUUUAAGGCCCUGAGAAAAUUUCAUGGCAUGUGACAUUAUGAAUUUAACAAAAUACAUGUUGCCUAAACAAAAAAUGACAAGCCAGAUGGGAUGCCAAGUUGUGUUAUCUGAAUGUACCUAAGAAAGUACUCUUUACAUGCCUUCCACUUUUACUGAGGCUUUCACAUUCUACUUAAUUGUGGACAGAGAUUGAAAGAAGACUGUGCAUCAAUGUAGAAGGCUGAGUGAGAAGUGAAAGGGUGGCAGUUCUGUGUAGGGAUGGAUACAAGCAGGGCUGUAAGGAGAACUAGAGUCUGAAUUUCCAGAUGUGUGGUGCUUGUGAUUAUUGUGCACCCAGUUCGUACUUAAAAAUUCAUAGGAGAAUACUGACUCCUCAGAGAAAAAGCCAUGCAGUUAUUUCAAGCAGGACAUUCAAAUCUCAUGUUUCUUUUUGACACUUUUAGCCGAAAUCUAGAUGUGUUUAAUUCUGUAUUGUAAAAGGAAGGUAAUGUCAUCUCACCUUACAGAAGUGCUUGAAGGCAGGUUUAAUUAUUUCAUAUUUCAGUCAGAUUCUCUGAAUCCCUAAUAGUAAUAAUAAUAAUAAUAAAAGCUUAGGGGGAGCAUAGUUUUGUAUUUAUUGUGGAGUACAAAUAGCAGCUGUUGAAAAUAAGAGUGUGUAUUAUGGUUUUGCCUUUGCCUGGAGUGAAAUGUGUAUGUGUGAGAUCCUAAGGAAAUGGUUCUAUGUCAUGAAAGACUAAACCAUAAAUUCAUAGGGAAAUGACUUCCAAUUUGACCUUAAUGUUUUUAUUUUCUCUUUCCUCUGGUAUAGUCUUUGAAACCUUAGUGCACCUUUAAUACACUUGUUAUGUAGUAAUAGUUUUGAAAGCAACCUGGAGAUUGUCAGUACAUCCCCAAUGGUAAGUUAUUAAGAACCUCAUUUUUCUGUUCCCGAAUUUUCUUUCUAAGUGUGAAAGUACAGUUACAAGGUUGACUCGAGAAAAGUAUAAGAGGCUUUGCGUUAUUGCUGUUGUUAGCUGGCUGCAUACCAUUUGCUGCAGAUUUGGGUUAAGCAAAAUAGAUAUUCAUGUUGGCAUCUCUUCAGUGAAAAAAAUAGUAGCAUUUUUUUUGCUGAAAACAAACACCUGCAUUAGUAGGAGUCUGGAGGCAUUACAAUUAUGUUCAUUAGUCAGUUGUUAUAGAUGUAUUUCUGUAAUAGUUUUUUGUUCCAAGGCAGUCAUUCAGUGAAGUCUCAUCUGUUUGUAGGGCUUUCUUUUUUUGGCAGGGUGGGUUAUGGGGAAGUUUGUGUAUUUCUUUUAUUAGGAUUGUUCUGGAAGCAGCACAGGAGCAGAAAAAAAAUUUCAUAUAGGAGAAUUAAGGUUUGGAGAUGCAGGAAACAAACAGGGUAAUUACUUGUGCAAAUAAUAUUUUGAAGUUCCUUGCUUUUUUUUUUUUUUUCAGGGUAACAGUGUAAAAUAUAUGUAUGCUUCUCCACAUUUAACAGAAAAAGAUAUACUUUGAUUUACUCCUACUGUACAUUUCUUACACAUAAAGCACAUAGUCCAAAACUAUAAUCCCAUCAAUAUGCAAUUAAAAUUCAGAAAAAAUAUCACCCAAUUGAUGGGCCCUUGAGCUUAAAGUGUUCACUAGUGACCUAAAGUUUUAGAUUGUUUCAAAAUGGCAGGUGAGACAUUUUGUGGUAUUUCAUGUUCCUGUAUGCAUUUUCAGUAACAAGAAACAGAAAAUAUAAAUCCUACCAGUAAAUGAUAGACACUCAGGAAUGUGUGCUCUGUUCUUGGACUAUGUUUGUUGGAGCUGGAAUUGUCUGGAUAAAUACAUAUCAUCCUUGUGUGGCAACAAGUUCAGUCAUUGAAGUGUAGGACAGUAAGAUUAUUCAUUACCUUAUUGGACUUGCCUUCUACAAGACUGUGGAGCAGCACUUUCCAUCACUGGAGAAAAGAAUAGUGAAGAAAAGCAUAGGCCCUUCUAAAAGAAGGAAUGUAUCUUUGAUAUUUAGAAGACUGAGGGGUAUUUCUUGGAUUACUUAGAUCUAUAUGAACUUGUUAUUUCUGGGCAAAAAAUUCCUUUUUCCUAGUACUAUCUUAUUUUCUGACUACUGAAAGGGUCUUUUGCAGUUGCAUUCGAAUAUUGGGUAAAUCUUAGCCAGGGCUUCAAAAGGCAUAGCUCUUGUAUAGAGAUGCCUGCUGUAAAGAAUGUGCAGUUAGGAGUUAUGCUCCAACAGCGAACAUAAAGUUUAAUUCUCCAUCCAAAUUCAGUUGUCUAAAAAUUUGGUGCCCAUAUUGAGCUAGUUGCUCUUAAGUCUCCGUUAAAUUUACAGAAAUAAUUACCUCCAAAAGGCCAUUCAUCUCUGUGUAAACUAGGUGUCCAAGAUAAGAAAGAUAAAUUGCUGUGGUGACUGCAAGCAGAGCAGCGAGUGACUCAUUCAGAUUCAAAUGGCUGUCCUGGCCCCUGCAGUUGAGGUCACUGGAUGGCGUCAGAAUUGUUCACAUGGCACUGGUAUGGCUGCAGACUGCUGCUUUCUGUUUCUAGCUGUGGAUAUACACAUUUUUUUUUCAAAACUCAAGUCAGCCCUUGCUGUGUUCUGUGGAGGCUCUGGAAUUCUGGAUGAGUUACAGCUGUUUGAUUCACCCUGUGGUUCUGAAGGCCCAGUUCAGGGGGCUAGUGGUGAUUCAUAAAGUGUUCCUUUUCACCUGAUGUGUUUUUAAAGGAGUACUUGUUUUCUGAUUUGUUUAGAUGAUAGCUAAGAUGGAUGUAUAAUAUAGUUCAGUGAUUUUACUAAUUUAUUUUUUGAUCACGGUAGACAAUGUGAAUUGUUUUUGAUUUUUAAUUAUGUUUUUAAUUAUAGCAGCAGGUUUAGUCGCUAUAUAUAAUAAAUUCUUUUCUUCUUCUGCCUUGGAGGAUUUUGUGAUGAUGUGGGAGAACAUGUGUUUUUUGCAUGUGUAAUCUUUGCAGUAUUUAUGUAUGUGAGCUGUAAUAACCAUUUUGCUUUAGAUCUUUGGGUGUGGAUUAGAGGGAUUACAGAUUUACUCAUCAAAAAAAUACACCUUCUGCUUCUAAAUGUUUCCCUCUUCAAAUUCAGUUUCUCCUUCAGCAUCAUUGUGAGAUAAAGUUUUCUACCACUCUUCUAUAAAUGUCAGUUGUGACAGAAGCUCUGCUUUUCAUCUCUAACCUCAGAGAGCAAUGUGCCCAUGUGAGCCAAGUGCCAGGUCCUGCAGGCUCAAAGGCUGUGUGGUGUUACAGACGUGUGGGUGCGUAAUGCUAGUCAGGGUGUCUGGGCCUACCUGAGGCCAAGGGCUGGCAAGUCUGGCACACACCUUUUGGGAAUCUGGCACACAUCCAUACUGGGAGCUGCUGGUGACACAGAUGGUGCUGGAUUCCCUAAUAGAGAGCUCUUAAGUUGGCCAAAUGAAGAUUUCACGAUUCUUGUUACAGGAAUACCUUAGUUUUUGAUGUGUUCUUGUAGCGUUUGAAUGCCUUGGUUCCCUGAGGGAAAUACAGUCUUUAGCCUGAACUGAAAAUGUUUACAUGAUUUCUUUAUUAACAUUGGCUGGGCAAUGCAAUAUUUCUUUUUAAUAGGAAAUUCCUAAAACUAAAGCACUUAUUUAUCAUGAAAACAAGUUUUUCUCCUAUGUAAAAACCGUAUAACUUACACUGUUAAAAUCCUGGCACAUUUUGAUUUAAAGUAUAAUGGCUUGGUGCUGAAGUUUUUGUAGCUCACUGUGUUAUGAGUUGUCACAAUUGAUGUUUCUGAGUUUUAUAAUGGCAGAAAUGAAGGCAAAAAUAAUUGUAAGUAAAGUAAAUAAUUGUUUUUAUGUAUCUCAGUUCAUUUGCAUUACUUUUGAUGUUUUUAGGUUUUCUCCUGUACUUAUAUAAGACAAUUUAAAACUAACCUAAAUGUGAAAGUUUCACUUACUGAGGUGGCAUAAUUGAAGUGGUAAACCUUCUGGAUGUGUAGUCUGUAGAGGAAAGGUAUGCAAUGGGUGUGAUUACCUAAGAAAAUAAUCAGAUUGCUAGUGAAAUUAGGAAUGAUCCUAGAAGAUCGUGACUUCAUAAAUCUGGAGAAAUUGUAAGUUGACUGGAUUGUACUGGGGAAAACACUUCGACAGUGUAGAUCCUAUUUCCACUUCUGUAUGUAGAAACAUAAAAGUGAUGCCAAAAUUUCAGGGUGCUGCCUGAACAGGGUUAUGACAGAUUGAGGUAGGAUCUCAAUAACCAGCAAAAAAAAAAAAAAAAAAAAAAAAAAAAAAAAAAAAAAAAAAAAAAAAAAAAACAAGAUUUACAAUUUUUUUUUUUUUAAUAAUUCAGAGUUUUGGUUGAAAAAGGUCUUGACUGCAAUCAUAAAAUUGAUCUGGAUUUCCCAUUGAAUGCUAGAUGUGAAGCUGAAAGAUAUGUUUAGUAGCCUUAAAAUGCCAGAGAAGUAUUAGUCUGAAAAAAUGUAGUUUUUUGUGGGGGUUUUCAAAUGGCGCUCUGCUGGUGGGACACCUGUUUGUCUCAUUUUGGCAUAUCUAGAAUAUUUCCAGGGUAACUCAGGGUUGACUUGAGUUAAAUUUCCAAACAUGCUUUGUUUUCUUGCUGAGAAAUAUCUAAACACUAUAUAUUAUGAGGCAUCAAAUUGUUGUAUGCUAUUUGUCCCCUCUCAAAGAAAGGACUGUUUCGUGUGAACUGGUAGUGGGGCUUUUUUGCUUUCUCUCUGAAUACUCUGAAUGUUUGUGUUUUGUCUUUACUCUUUUAUCUAUAUUAAGUGUAGCUGCAUUUUCUCAUCAAGGUGUAUGCACUGUGGAAAGAAAUGAAAAUCCAACUAAGUGAGUAACUGUAAAGGAUUCUUGCUCUUUGUGGCAUUGGCUUCCAAUUCAAGGAUUGGCACAUUGCUGUCAAAACCAAGAUUUUUUUGCAAAUUAUAAAGAAGCUACUAGCUUCUGAAUCAUCCUGUUCCUUUACUUGCAAUGAGCUGUUUGCUAUUGGUUCACCAUUAGCAUCCAUAGUUUGCAACUAGUGUGUGAAAUGACAGUUUCAUAGGAGGAUGAAGGUUUAAAAAGUUUAAAAGUAAUGUGAAAAUAUUUUGAGAAACAGAUCAUGAGUGCAAAAGCAAAUCCUAUAGUGUAUGCAUACCUUUAUCCAAGAGGACUUUUUGAUACUGAAUUAUUUUUAUCUAGAGCAAUAGUGUUACUGUAGAUGGGCCAAGGGGAAAGAAAACAAAGUUUAUAGAAAGAGAUAAUGAAUUUGGAAAAAAUAAACAGUCUUUUGGUCCUUGAAUCCUUUCAUUAGGUUUUAGUAGUGAGCAAAGUCUGGGUAAAUACAAAUUAAUGUAGGUAAAGUUUUUCUGGAUCAGCACCCAAGCUUUUAUACUUCAGGUCUUCUGAGAGAAAAGAGAAUUUAGCACAUGAGUGACAGGGAGAGAAACAUGGGAACAGGGUCAGUCUUUCUUUGGAGAUCGUGCCUGAGACUUUGAGGUAGCUGAUUUAUGGAAAAGAUUCUCUGUGGUAUCUGGGAGUUUUUGUUAUUGAUUGCUUGAAUUCUUCCUGUGGUGCAGUAGUUUAGUUCUGUUUGUAAAGCUUUUCCUCAGUAUGGUGAACCUCUCAAAUGUGAAUAUGCCUUUGCUUUGUGUGUCUUGGUUUCAGGAAUCAGAUAAGUAAUAAACACUACAUCUGCAUAAAAAAGAUGGGAAAUUGUGUUCUGAAGUGUUUUGCGAUAGCGUCAUCCUAGCAUAGGGAGAUAAACAUCAGUAUACAGGUGCAGAACUCUGCCAAUGCAUAGCUGUUACAGUAUGCUGAAAAUUAACUCGUUUUAGUCUAUUCCCUUCGUGCUUCAGUAAGAUAAAUAGUAGCUCUUUAACACAGCUCAGGGUAAUGUGUGGGCUCUAGGAGCAAGUCUGAGCCAGAAUAUUAGAUUCACAAUGAUAAAAAGCUUGGCAAAUGUCCUUUAGGAAGUACACGGCAGUUCUGAUCUUCCAGUAAAAAUCAUUAGCUCUUGGGACUGGACUUGGGGAAACAAACUGAAUGGUCUAAUGAGCUUACAAAAGCGCUUUUACAAGCUGUGAUACUUUAUAGUACAAAUACACUGCUUUCUUAAAUGUAGGAAGGGAAUGAAUUUACCUUUUGGAGCAAAAGGUUGCUGUACCUGCUUGAACAUAACAGUAAGCUGGUAUUUUGAUGGCAAAUCAUGCUAUGUCUCCAUAGAAAGGAUUGGAGCUACUACUGAGAGGUUCCAAAUAAUCUUGGCCCAAAUUUCACUACUACAGAUAGGCAUAGUGUCACUUCUUUUUCUUUUUUUUUCUUUCCUCUGGGGAAAGACAUAUUCAUUUUUCUCUAUUGUACUGGCUCAGCCACCUGAAUUUGUCAUAGCAAUAAUUUUGUUGUAAGAUGCUGCCAGCAACUACUUGGCUGUCAUCCUGCAACAAGAAUAGCCUGCAUCCAAGUUCUGAUGCUAACUCCUGUGUAGAUUAACCUCUGUAACCCACGUCAAAUAAGCACAUGCUGUCUGUGUGGAACAAAUCUGGCCUAUUUAUAGGAAUAUUCUACUUGUAUUAGGUAGCUUGCAUGCAAGAUAUGUAGUUAAUGUCCCUAGCAGUUGUUGAUGAGAAGCGUCCCCACUUUCAGAUAACGUCACUGAGAAACUACACUUUGAGAAGGUAAAUCCUCUUUUUUUCAUGUGCAUUAGCAAGCAGCAGUUACGUCAGUUCACUUUCAUCUGAUAUAUGACAUGAGAACUAGCAACCCUUAAGUGCAAGAUGUUAUGACCUGUGAUCCAGGAUGUCAUGGGAGAACUGGAAGCACUGCAAAGCAUACUGUAAGCUAUCAAGUUAAACACAGGAUGCUGUAUUUGAAAGCUAACUCAGGAUAGUCCAAUGAUCUUGUAUAGGGAGAAUUCAAUUGAGCAUUCUCCGAAAUGUGAGCUUCUGAACAAACCUUUUAGGAGAAACAUCAGAAAGUUAGGAUAGUGUUAUUUGCUUGUUUUCUCACAUUUAAAUCCACUUUAAUAGUGAGAAAUAGUCUUUUUUUUUUUUCUCCCCUACAGAGCAUUUCAUUAUGUCACCCAAAUAAUACAGAGUAUCACAAGGAACGUGGUAAAGUAGGAGCCUUACUAUAUGAAGUGCUCCACCUUUCUCAUUUAACAUCUUUGAUUUAUCUAUGUGGAUUAUCUUCGUGUUUAAAAUUCUUGGCUAGAAGUUCAACAAUAUUACCUCUAAAAUGCCUUCUUUUCCCUGUAUGUAAAACCAAAUGUUUUUAUACUUCGUGCUUUUGUGAACCUGGUGGUAGAAAACAUUCAUAGGCUUUAGUCAUUGUUGCUGCCUCUUUAGAUUUUUCCAUGUGAAAAUGAGAAUCUUAAAACAGUCAGACAACAUUAUGUUCUGUAAACAGUUUGGUAAUUUUUCUGUGCUUUUACAAACAAAUGCAACUGGAUGACAAGCAACUGCAAACACAAAUUCAAGAACAUAGCAUGACAAGCUGUGACAAGGAAAAAGCAGUUUUCUCCUGUGUGUUUAAUAAAGCUUUUUUUUUUUUUUUUUUUUUUUUUUAGGUACUUAAGAGCAAGCGUGGCUUAUAUACAGCAGGCACAAUUGUUAGUAAAAUAAGGGAGUAUGUACAGCAAGAGACAAAAUCAAACCUGGAUGGUUGCUAGCACUUUGAGGCUUCAGGAUUUAAAAUGAACUUUGAAAAGCAUACAGAAUGGAAGAGAAACAAAAUGAAUAUAUUUGAAUAGGUGUGUUGCAGAUUAUUGUAUGUGUGGGAUAAUCAACUGCCAAACAGUAUUCAAAACCAGCAGUCCUGCAAAAAUAGGGAAAAAAACUCACAACAUUUUAUGUAUUGCACACCUUACGCAAUACAAUAUAAUAUUAUGCAGUUGAAUGGAGUAUAAAAAAACAACUGUUCUGGUUAUUAAUUGGUUAUGUUGAUAGAUACCUGAAAAUGUUCUUUCAUUCUGUUAAGUGCUGUAAGACAUCAGCUGGAGUUAAUUUGGGUACAGCACUCUAGGAAAGAUGUAUGGGUGAGGAGAUGGGGAAGAGAGAAAAUAGACUGAGUAGAGAAUGAAGAAACAGUGUGACCUUUUAGGGUAAGGCUAAAAGAGUUGGGGCUGGUAUAGUUUAAAAAGGGAAGCGUAAGAAAUUCAAGUCUUCAAAUAGUUAAAACUCUUGUAGCUGUCAAAUACUUCAAGGGCAGUGAUAGUCAAGGAGAGGUUGAGGAACAUACACUUGACUUCUAAAACUACUUUGAAAAGUAUAUCUGGGUAAUAUGAUUUUGCUUUUAGAAUUAAUGUGUGACAUGAGAGGCAAAUAUUGAUAAUAUUCAAAAUUAUGUUGGAAAAAUUUGGUACUUAGUUCAUGUUUGUAUUUCUUUUGGAGCUGCUUUUGUCUUGUCCGGGUUUUGGUAUGGCUAGUGGAAUUUAAGUCCUCCUGUUGUGUUUCGUGAUGAAGUUUUCAAAUAUUUUCAUUUGUUUUGUCAGAGAACAGAUUGUUGUCUGAUAGUAGAUUUGGCUUUUCUAGGCAGUGGAAUGCCAGAAGCAUUACAGCCUCACUUUGUACCUUGCAAUAAUAAUUUAGCAUAAACACUAUAAUUGCCGUAUUUACCUUCAUUUCAUAAUCUAGAAAAACAUUGUUAUAAAUUAUGUAAAUUUAGAAGGCUGUAACAUCAGUUUGAGUGCAGGAGGAAAAGAAAGAUGGUACUAAAUUGAUUUUAAAACAAACAAAAAUAACAAAGGUGGUUCUCAUCCUCAUUCAGAUUUUCACUUUCUGCUUCUCCCAUGUUGAAAAAGAAUGAUUUCUGUGUGUGAGGGGUUCUUAGCUUUUAUAUCUGGUUAGCUUUUUUAAUUCAGGCCAUCUGAGGUGAUUUUAGGGGUGCUCUGUGUCACCAGACUGCAGGCUUCUGUAAUGUAGGCAACUAAAUAAUGGUGUGAUCUUAGCUUUUGAUGCCUGAUAAUGUUGGUAGAUUGGAAUGAGUUGGUAUGUUCCUAUCUGUUAUUGAGGAAAACUACCCUAAAAAGACAGCCAAGCAAAAAUUCUAAGUAUAAAUUAUGAAAUUGCAUUUGGUUUCUUCAGGGUGGUUAUAUAACAUUUAGAAGUUGUACUUGUGACUGAUUAAAAAAAAAAAUAAAAUCAAUAUCAGUAACACAAAGAUUCAAUUGCCUACAUUUAUCUGUGUGAUAGUUUCUUGCAGGUCUGUUUCAGUACUGGAACCAUUAUUGAUUCUCAAUUCCUUCCCAAGUCAUUAGUUGAUGAAAAUACAUACUAAGUUCCUGUACAGUAAAUUACCACUUGAUUAGUUUUAUUGUACAAGCUCAGAACUGGUCUUGUUUAAUUCUUGUCUGGCUUUUUAUAGAACAGUGAGCUCUGUAGUCGGUCAUAUAAUCAGCUUGGUUACACAGAGGCCACGUAUGUCUUGACUGUUUGCUGUAUGUCUCACAAAUGUCAGUAAAGCGGGUCGUUAGGUUGCAACCCUUCCAUAAUUUUGGAAGACAUAUGCCUUUAACCUCUGCUGAGGCAGCAGUAUCAAAUAAAGCAAUUCUUGCUCUCAGAGAAAAGAUGGAAAACCUACAGCACAAAACUAUUAGAUGUAUUCUGACUGGGGGAGUAUUAUCUUCAUCUCUUUUCUACCAGUGUCAGCAACUGACUUUUACUUUCUCUUGUACUUAAAUGUAAAGUGUAUAUGUUAAUUACUUGUUAAAGGAUUACCAAAUCGACCUAAAGAAGCUUAAUUGCUUUUGCUCCAAGGUGUGAAAGAAAAAAAAAAUUAACUGACCUAAAUGACUGACAUCAACAUCUGUGAAAUUGUGCCAUAUUUCCAGUUGAAUUUAAAACAAUGGAAAUAAAAGCAAAUAUAUAAUAAAACAAAAUAUACCUUGAAAUGUGAUUAAAGUACAUUAACUGAAGGUGCGUAAUUUUAAAUAAUUUAAUAUUAGUAUUAGGAUAGUUCAUUUGGAAGGGCUCUGGUGAGAUCCAGUUCAACUGUCUGACCUCAACAGAGUUAGGUAAAAGUUAAUUGCAUGGAGGCUGUUGUCCAAAAGCCUCUUGAACAGCGGUGAGUUUGGGACAUCAAACAUUUGACUGGGAAACCUGUUCCAGUGUUUGACCACUCUCAUGGUAAAUAAACUUUUCCUGAUGUCCAGACUGAACCCCCUAUGGUGCAGUUUUGUGCCAUUCCCAUUUAAAGUCAAGACUAUGUUUGCAUAUUCAAGUAUAAUGUAAAUGCAGAAUAUGUUUCCAAAUUGGAUUAACAUAAUAGAUUGAUUGGAAGAGAUCUUUCAAAUUAUCUUCAUUCAUGCUUUUGCUCUGAGUAGGACUCUAGAUUAGAGUGGCUCUCAAUUUACCCAGCUUUGUGCUGAGGAACAUCCUGUGUCCAAGGCUGGAGGCCCUAUGGGGAGCCUGCACUUCAUAACCUGUAGUGGUGUUUUGUAUUGAAAAUUAAACAGCUCAUAAUUUCCUUUGACGUUUAUAACUGACUGUUAUGUACAGCUGCACUGCUACUGUAUAAUUCUGAUUUGAUUUGUGUGGUUUUAUAAUGCCAUGUCUUGUGUUGUUUUGAAAAUAGAUCCUAGUAUUCGUUGUGUGUUUUGGACUGCUGUUGAGCCAUGAGUUAGUGUCCAGAAAAUAACAACAUGACUGCAUGUUUUUCAUGAAUGAUUACUAAGGUAGAGCGCAGUACUGAGCUCUGCAGUGUUUGUAGUUUUUUCUUCUCUGUGUGCAAUACUUUGGAUUUAUUGAUGUUGAAAUCCACCUGACAUCUCAUUGUGUAGUCACAGAGGGUAGUAAGCUUUUAGAUUUUGGUAUAGUCUGGAACUCUGUAAAAUCAUCACCAGCUGUCACCUUGCUGCCUGCUCCUUUGUCUUAAUGCUUGUUGCACACAGUGCAGACCUGUGUGAUGUAUCUGUUGUUAAUUAAUUCUUUACAGUUGUGCCCGUUACGUUCAUAUCCUUCCUUUUCUGUAUUUUGUAUGUGAUGACAGAGGCUGCUUCUUCUUCUGGCUUAACUAUUCAAUUUCUGCAAGUGCCUUUGGUGGAGGAUCUUGUCAAAAGCUAUUUAACAGUCUUUCCUUUCCCUCUCCUUGCCCCCUUGUUCUCCUGCUCAUUUUCUUCAUCCUGAAAAGAAGUCUAAUGUCUGCAUGAUGGACAUCUUCCAUCUCCAAGAAAUAUGUCUUCAGCCAAGUGCUCCCAAGCCCACACAUUAGUCUUCCAUUUUGCCUACACAGCAUGGUUUGCACAUAAGGGUCUUCAAUUUCUAGGAUUAAAUGUGAUGUCUGCUUUAAAAACACUAUGUGAUGUUUUAGCAUUUUCUGUUUGAUUUGUGAAAGUGUUGAUUUAAUACAGGUCAGCAAUUUUGUAUUUGGGCUUUAGUUGAGCUCUUGGGCAAACAGUUUUGUUACUGCUGUUGUUAUUUUAAACCCUUUCCUAAUGUAAUAUUAGUUUAAGAAACUUGCUGGGAUACACGUUUCAACAAUGUUAGUUUGGAAACCUUCCAAAUCUCAGACAUAGAGAUUUAGUUUAGAAGUAGGGGAAAAAAAAAAAAUCUGUUAUUACAGCUCUUGCUUUCUUGAUUGUUCCUCUGGCAUGUCAGUCAUUUAUCAACCUUGUCAUCUGUCAGGCUUCUUGAAUCUCCUUUGAAAAUUUUAAUUUGUUGUUACCUUUUAUCAAAUUAAUCCUCCAGAAUAUUUUCUUCAUCAGUCUUUCUGCUGACUUCUUUUUGUUUUUGCAGUUGGAAUGAUUAAUCUCCCUUUUCCUUUUGAAGCAUGUCAGGUUUUGCUUUUUAAAUGUAUAAUUCACUACCACUUCACUGCUGCCUUGGCAAAAUGAUAACAAUGGUGUUAGAAUGAAGUUUUUUGGGAAACCACAAAGAUAGUAAAUACAUUUUUUCAUCAGGAAAUGUUUAUUUUCCUCAGUUUAAAAAUAUUUUUUUUUUAUAAUAUGUUAAGUAUUGUUGUUUUUGAGCUUUUGUCUGUUUCUUGGAAUUGAUAGAAACUCAUUUUCCGUAUCUGUGAGAUUCUGUUUGUAACAGAAAAUGUAUAUGGCUUUUCACCUUGUUGUCUUCACAAUAAAAAGAUGCGGCUACUGGGGCGGAACAGAGUUCUCAGUGUGACUCAGAUGCUCCCAGCCUUACAUACGUGGUUGUGAAAUAAGUGAUUUCUGUGUCUGCGUUUUGCUGUGAUUGAUGAUUACCUCUGGGUUAUGGCACUUGGAUUGUUACCUCCAGUGAAGUAAGUUAGGCUCUGUGUCUUGUGUGGUCACAAGGGACUGAAAAAAUGGGAAUACAGUCAUGUGAGAGAGGCUAAAGCUCCUAGACUGAUGUUGAGCAGCUGCUGAUUGCAGUGCUUCAUUUGGGAGAAAAUUUGGAGGAAAAAUUCUGUUGUUUUUCAUCCUUUCAAUCCAUGUAAUUCUCUAGUUCCUAAAGAAUACUUUAGAUUUUGACAUCUUUAAUAUGAAAAGUUUAUAUGUUGUUGGAUAAUUUUUUAAUGUAAACUGAUUGUGAAAAUAUUGAUCAAUGCCUUCUGUUAUAAAACUCAAAAUACCUGUUUGUUUACUUUUAUGUAAGCCUUGAGGGUAGUUCCCUUUGCAUAUGUACUCAAAGUGCUUUUCAUGCAAUUUAUAAGUAUAUCACAAAACACUUCAAAUAUGCAGCUCUACAAUAUAUUAAAAGCUACCACAUGCAGAUCUGACAACUUAGUAGUUUUUCUCCUGUCCUUCAGUGAUUUCCUUGCUAUUUGAUAUUUCCUAUGUUUACAAGUGUCAACUAAGGGGCUGGCAUUACAGCAUUCAGUGAAUGUCUACUUUGUGCUCGCUGAAAGCAUAAGGAAGUAAAUUCAGCAGCAGUGCUGCUCUUUCAGAGAGGAUCCUGCUUGGUUGUCUCCUUCUGUUCAUGUGAGGCUUCACUCUUUGCGUUUCCCCAUUUCCCUGCAGCUCCUUGGAUAAUGAUGGGGCAUCCUGAGACCAUCCUCUUGUAGAGCUGUUUGAUGAGUUGUACCAAUUCCCAGUAUUUCUGUUUCUUGCUCAGGGCAUUACAAGUGAUCAUUUUCUCUUCUUUUGGAAACUGACAUUAAAAAAAAAGAAAAAAAAAGUUGGCUUGGGUUUUCAAGUAUUGGUUCCACAGUUUGUCUAAAACAUGGCAUGUGAAAUAGAUUAGAUUUGGGAAAGAGAAAAUGUAGAAUCUGUGUCUUUAGACAACUGCUACGGUCUUGCUUAGUUUUAUAUUUUGUUUAACCACAAACUUAAGUUCCUCUCUCACUUUUACUUAUUAGCCUGAUAGAUUAUUUUUCAUAAUAUAGUUUUGAGCCCCUUCCUUGUCUUAAGAAAUAAAUAUUUCAAGGAGUAGGAAUUUCAUAUGUGGAAACUUGCAAAAACCAUAACGUAACUUUAGACAGCAUGCUAUGGGAUGUACUGUUAAAUAAAUACUUGGUUAAUGCAAGUGUUAAAAUGUGUUCUCUGUUGUGGAUGAACUUGGAAAAGAAGUGUGGUGAAAACCUGUUUUUCAUACUUCAUUUCUGGAACAGAGGGAGGCUAUGGAUGGAAAUGUGCUAAUAAUUAAAAAGAGAGGAGUUGUGUGUGGGUCUGGGGAGGUGUAAGCAGGAGUCAGGCUAGCCUAAUAAUAGCCUAAUAGUUCUGUUUGCAUGUCAAUCUUAUUAGAGAAUAAUUCUAUAACUAUCACAAGUUAAUAGAGGUUUCUAUAAAAAUAGUCCUUCUCUUUAGAAAUGACAGUAAAGCUCACUAAAAGUGAUGGCAUAAAUAACACUAUAUUUUGAAGCACUUGGCAUUACAGGCAGUGCUGGGGUGCUCUGUCUCUGGUGACCCCCAGCAGGGGUCUCCGUAUCACCAAAUCCCAUCUCGAGUGUAAGGCAGCUUUUCUCCCCACCCAUAUUGAAGAAUGGGAAAAAAAGCUGUUCAUCAGAGCCAUUGGCUGUUCCAGACUGUGCCCCUCUCUCAUGUUGGUAGGGGUAAGGAGGUGAGUCUGCAGGAAGAGGAGGUAGGAACAGAGAUGGCUGGAAGAGCUGCUCAGUGGGUGUGACUCAUGCAGUUAAAUAAUUUUUGUGGUGUCUGGUAUUGUUUAUGUUUAAGACCACAACUCUGAAGUUAUUGGUCUUUGUUUUAACUGAAAGUUUUAGGCAGGAGUAACCUAAGAUGAGGCUACAGCAUUGAUUUUGCUUAAAGCACUUCGGGCUUUUUUUUUUUUUCUCCUUUUCCUAAGUUCUGAGCUUUCUUUAGAUCGUGGUUUCAGUGGCAAAAUAGACUUUACUCUAGGAUAAUUAACUUGUGCUAGCUUCCCAACGUGUAGGGGGAGAGGGGAAGGUGGAGGAAUCAAUGACAAACAUUUUGCUUUUACUAGACUAUAUAUAUAUAAAUUUUUUUUUCUGUUUUUAAGUUCUAAAAAUACGUUGGCUUUCUUGGAUGGUGUUUUUAUUGAAAGUCAAACGUUACAGACACCUGAAGGCAGGUUAAGACCUUAAAGUUUGUCAGCUAGGACUGUGAGAAUUGGAGCUUGGGAAUGUAUUUUUCAUGAGUGCCUUGCUGGAGUUUCAGCUUGACCUGGGUUAGAGACAGCACUUAGUGUUGUUAUGUGUCCAGGAGUGAAAAGUUAGGGAGCUAGGAUACAAGUUUAGCUAGUCAGGGAGCCCAGGUGCUGUACUGGCUGUGCAGCAGUUCUAUGAAUGUCAGUAAUGUUUUAAAAGUAGAAUUGGUAUCCAUUCACCUAAACAGCAAUCUAAUUGCAACCACAUUUCUGUAAUUCUCAGUGAGUUUUCUGGAUGAUGUAAACAAGUGGAAUUCUACUAGCAGUAUCUUUUUUUUUUUUUCUUUCUUCCCCCCCACUUCUUCACCAUUAAGAAGUAAAAUAGGGAAACAGUCUACAUUAAGUUCCUGUAAUGCAGUUAUACGUCUGAUUGGACCGUUCUACAAAGAAUGGUUGUGGAAGGCUCACUGUCAGAAUGUGAGGCAUCGGCUCGGUCAGCCUUUAUUUGAUACUCUCAUUAAGCACCUGAAUGGUGAAGCAUGAAGCUCUGGGCUUAAACACGAGAUAAAGCUCUUUAGGAAUGUGGAGCUGUUAGUGAGUAGUAUUAGGAUUCAAAGUAAAAUUAACAAACUGGAGAUGUGAUGGGAGAACAAAAAUAUGCCUGGCUAGCAAUGAUCGUCUGUGUAAGUACAGAGAGUAAGGCUCAGUGACUGCAAAAAGGAAAGGCACAGUCUCUUCCACACAGAUGUGGAGAAAACAAGAAGCAACAGGAGGCAAUGCGGCAAGGCUAGACAUUAGGAAAAAAAAAUUCCUUUACUGGAUGUCAGGAUAGUAAUAGUAAAGUUGCCAAGAAUGCUACUGAAAACAACGGUGGAGGUUAUUUGUCAUUACUGACAGACGUUUGCCUUGCAGAUGAAGAAGUGUUCGUCCCUAAUUUUGUCAGGACUUAGGAAUCCUUUUCAUAACUCCUCUGUUCUUCUUCACCUUCAAGAUCUGUUUUAUUUUCUCUGGUAGUUUGCAUACUACAUCAUCCUUUCAACGUCUGAGCUUUUUAUUUUAAAACAGAGCAAUGUCAGUUGCAUACCCAACAUUAUGCAGGUUAUAGGGCAUGAAGAAGCCUUAUUUUUAAACCUGAUUUCCAUGUUUAGCAUAAUAAUGUUUUCAAAUGUGUUUUGUGUUUUUUAAAAAACAGCUUUAAUGAUAGUGCCUCAAUAAAAUUUGUACUACUGCGGUAUAAUUCCUUUAUACAACUGUAAUUCGGCAGAACGUUUUGAAACCCUAUCAAAAGACUGCACAAGUUUAAAAUACGUAAUGUGAAGCUAGAGUUCUGUUGUGGAGCAAUACUGGCACCCACUGGUGGCUUCAUACUACUGCAUGAAGUUCCACUUGGUUAAAAUUGUUCUCACCCUCCGUAGUGUUACCAACUAUCAGAAACGUGAAUGCUCUCUACAAAGGUUACCGCUUGUGUGGCAUGACUGUUUUCUUCAGGAAGCAAUGGGAAGAACGUUUUGGUUUCUGCACACGCACAUUGAAAUUAACCAUGUUAAAUAUUUGCUUUAAAACUCCAGAGUUGUUUCAUGUGGCUGCCAGAAUUACAAGAAGUACUGUUAAGGCAGCUUGCAUUUUUGGUUUUAGUGUUUUUGUGGAGAGGUGUGAACAUUACAAAUUUUAUUUAGCACAUUUAUUAAUACUAUUUUUCUUUUUUUUUUUUCCCCUUAGGGUUGCUCCUAUAAUAGAUAAUGAGUUGUACAGAUUAUAGGAGGAAAUUAUAGAGGAUAGGAAAAGGAUUGAAGGUUGCUGAUGAUUUUUGGUUGAAUAUAAACUGUUGAUUGCAAAUAGCAAAAACAGACUUUUCUACAAAGUUGCCAGUAGAAAAAAAAUAUCAUUAGGAAAGUUGUUUACCAGGUGGAUUUAAUUCUAGAAUGAAGCUUUUAAGUUAAACAUUACAAAAUUUAUACAUGCACACAUGCACAUUUGCUUGCAUAUGAGGUACUUGAUCCAUCAGUGUAUAGUGCAGGCGAGCACAAAUAUGCAUCUAUCUUUGGUAGCAGGAUUUCUUUAAUGCUUCAGAUGCAGCUGGUUAUAGUGUGGCAGUAACAAAUCUGUCUGAUUAGGGCAUGUCAGGUGUAAUCUGUUCCUGAUGAGGUAAAGCAGAAGGUAAAAUGAGAUGGCUGGAGACAUAGUUGAGACUGGUACUACAGAAUUACAGCCGCAAACAAUGGGAAAUAUCAAAGAGGAGAGUGUGGGUGUCUGUGGAUAACAUUCAGAAGUGGACUAUUAGGUUGAUGUCACAGUUGAUACGAAGGAGCAGUGGGAAAACAGCUUUCAGUGUUACCACUCUAAUAUGUUUUGUUAGGAGGAAUUGCCAAAAUUUGUUUUUCUUGGGAGCUAAUAGAGAACGUUUUGACAGAAAAAUUACAGAUCUGGAUUUAUAUAUGAAUGGUUCACACAAAAUGCUGAUUUGUUACUAGUGUCUUUCUCCUAAUAAUACUGCCAUUGCAGAGUCUCAUUCAGAAAUGUAAAAACAGGUGUCUUCUGUUUAAAAAGGAGCUGCUCUUCUGACAAAAGCUGUUGCUAAGAGGAUUGUGCUGCUACGUUUCUCAGAUGAGCAAAGCUGAAUGAGUAGGGGAGGAAGAUGAGACAAAUAUCCCUUGGAUUCCAGAAAAUAUAAUGUGGAAGAAGUGCAGGAGAAGCAUUUAUUUUCCUUUCUCUUCUGGUCUACUCUCCCAAGAGAAUGAUCCGCUGAUAAACAUCUCAACCUUCUGAGGCAGCUUGGAGCCCAUUUGGUUGUAAACCGAUUUUAUUUCUUAUUUUUUAAUUUGUAUUAAUGUUCCAAGGCUGCAAAAUCCCUGUGUGACUCAUAGAGCAUUACUUGGUAUAAUUCCUUUGAAAUCGAUACAGUUGUCUGAUUACUUCAGUUUAUAACCUCUGAGAUUGUUCAACUCUAGUGAGUAUUUUUUUCCUUAGAAACCAAAAGUUCUUGCAAUUAAUGCUGUUACAGUUACCAGCUUUUAGAAGUUCAGUGACUUACAUGCACGCACACAUGCGGUUUCCUGAAGAACAACAUAGAAUCAUAGAAUGGCUUAGGUUUUAAGGGACCUUAAGCCCAUCCAGUUCCAACCCUGUGCUGCGGGUAGAGUUGCCACACACCAGCUCAGGCUGCCCAAGACCCAUCCAACCUGGCCUUGAGUGCCUCCAGGAUGGAGUAUCCUAUUGGGCAGCAUGUUCUAAUGCUACGCUACCCUCUCAAUGAAAAAUUUUGCCCUGACAGCGAAUAAUGUAGCAUUAGGAUGUUUAAGUACAUUGUGGAUAAAGCCAAAAAACAAGCUGCCAGUUUGAAGCUAGUUGCCUUCUUUUAAGCCUUUCACUUGUAGGAUAUCUUGCAGGAUAUUGUUAUUUGCAUUGCUUGUUAAGGAAAUAAUUUGUUUCAUUGCUUGCUGUCUAUGUAAGAAGAUGUCAGUGGUCAGCUGUUGCCUUGCCUUUUGCUUCUUAAAAGCUUUAUUGAGCUUGGCUUUUCUCACCCAUUUAUUUCAUUGUUUAUCUACUUUCUCCUUAAGCAGAUGUGCAUAAUUCUGUUGUUUGUUUAGUGAAAAUGCAAAGGGAAAUUUGUUGAUUGUGACAGCACAAUGUUCCUAUGCUGGAUUGUUCCAUGCCCUCCUCCCCCCCCCCCCCCUUCCUCCCUGAUGAAAGAAGAGGGAGAAGCUUGGGAUGGAGGCAAUGGAGGCAUACAGAGCAAGAUCUGUCCAGGGCACUGAAUCUGUACAGUGCUGCCAGGUAUCUUUCGGAUGAAGGAAUCGAAACUUGCAUAAAUUCGUCUGAAAAAGUCAAUACGAAUGACAUUAUCCUAGUUGCACUUAAUACAGAUUUAAGAACGAUUGGCAAGAAAUUCCUCCCCAGUGACAUCAAUGGUGGAAAGGUGGAAAAGCUGGAAGGGCCAUGUGUUCUGCAAAUACAGAAAAUACGCAAUGUUUCUGCACCAAAGGAUAAUGAAGAAUCUCAGGCAGCACCCAGAAUGUUACGUUUACAGAUGACCGAUGGACAUACAAGCUGCACAGCAAUAGAAUACAAUAGCAUGUCAAAAAUAAGCUUGAACACUCCACCUGGAACAAAAAUUAAACUUUCCGGAAUUAUUGAAGUAAGAAAUGGAUUCUUGCUGUUGGAUGAUAGUAACACUGCAGUUCUUGGAGGUGAAGUGGAGCAUCUUAUAGAAAAGUGGGAAUUGCAAAGGAGUUUAGCAAAACACAGUAGAAGUAAUAUUGGAACAGAAGGUGGCCCUCCCCCUUUUUUGCCUUUUGGGCAGAAAUGUGCAUCUCACAUGCAAGUGGACAGCAGAGAGCUUGAUCGCAGAAAGACUCUGCAAAUGACAAAUACUGCAAAACCUGUUACUGACAACGAUGAGUUUGAAAAACAAAGAACAGCUGCCAUCGCGGAAGUAGCAAAGAGCAAGGAGACCAAGACAUUUGGAGGAGGUGGUGGUAGCAGCAGAAGUAAUCUUACUGUAAGUGCUGGAGGGAAUCGAAACAGGGAACUUUUCCAGAAAGAGAAGAUAACAAAACCUGAGGGAAAAAACGAAGGUGUCUACAGAGAACUGGUUGAUGAAAAAGCUCUAAAACACAUAACGGAGAUGGGAUUCAGUAAAGAAGCAGCAAGACAGGCACUUAUGGAUAACAGUAACAAUCUAGAGGCAGCAUUAAAUUUUCUUCUUAGCAGCAAUAAACAAAAGCCUCUUCAGGGACCACCACCUAGAGGUAAAGGAAAGGGCCGAGGCCGAAUAAGACCUGAAGACGAAGAAGAGCUAGGAAAUGCCAGACCGUCUGCACCAAGCACACUGUUUGAUUUCUUAGAAUCCAAAAUGGGUACUUUAACUGUAGAGGAACCAAAAUUGCAAUUUCAACCACCACAUCAAGUACAGCCCAAAGUUAUGAAUACAGAACAGAAUGGCAUCAAAGAGAAUCAUUCAAGGCAUAUUUCUCGCAAUGACAUGAGACAACCAAGGAAUGAGAAGCCCCCUCGUUUUCAAAGAGAUAUUCAGAAUUCAAGGCAGGCUUUGGAAAGUGGGGGAUUACCAAGAAACAGAGGUCCUGAAAGACACAACUCUUUAGAACAUUGGACAGAUGAGAAAAUUAAAAGUGACAGACAUUAUCCUAGAAAUGACAGGCCAAAGGAUUUGGGUUAUCCCAUAGCUGCUCACCAGAGUGAUAUUUCCUUUAAAAAAAGGGAUAAUAAUAUGCAAAACAGAAUAGGAAAAGGGGUGUCUUUCACAGAAUUCAAGGAGAACUCUGCUGCUCAAGAUGCUACAGACAACAAUAACCAGAAACGUGGGAAAAGGGAAAAUCAAGUACACAAUUCUGAAAAUUUUUGCGAUAGGAAAGCACGUACAAUAAGUAAUGAAACCUUUAUGGUAAAAAGUGAGCAACAUUUUGGUGUGAAUAAUGAUUACCAAAACCCUUGUAGAACUGAUAAUUUUAAUUCUAUUCCGAAUGGAGAUACUGAACAUCAUCAGAAAGGACGACGAGUAGGGCCUAUCAAAUUGUCAGGACCUACUGUGAUUCCAUCUUAUGAUGACAAAAUUUUGUACUACAACACUGGACCCAAAAGGAGAUCUGGGCCCAUCAAACCAGAGAAAAUAAUGGAACCAUCGAUUCAUGCAGAGUAUGGAAAAACCUGGAGACCUGGGGAUGAAUGUUUUGCUCUUUAUUGGGAAGACAACAAGUUCUACCGUGCAGAAGUUGAAGCUCUCCAUUCUUCUGGAAUGACUGCAGUUGUUAAAUUCUCUGACUAUGGAAAUUAUGAAGAGGUGCUUCUCAGCAACAUCAGGCCUAUUCAUGCAGACACCUGGGAGGAUGAAGAAGAAACAUAUGAGCAAACUCUAGAAUUCCGCAGAGGAGGUGAUGGUCAGCCAAGGCGGUCCACACGACCUACUCAGCAAUUUUAUCAACCCCCAAGAGCUAGAAACUGAUUAAUAAGAAUUAAACGUGAUCUUGGGUUGAGGGAAUAUUCACUGGCAGCUCCAACUUGAUGAAGACUUCUAGAAGAACUUCUGGCUUUUUCCAAGCAACAGGGUGGGACAAAGAAAGCUGAUAUGAGCAGAAGGAAUUUGAACUUGAUACCACAAGAGACUUUUUUAAAGUUCUUAGUUAAAUGAAGCUGAAUACUUUUUACAUAUGAAAGAAGCAAAUUGUCUUUGCUGCCACCAAUAAAACCACAGUGCACUAUUCUA